AUAGUAUUUCAUAGUAGUAUUUGUUCGCAUCUCUUGUUUGUGUAAUUUCAGCGGCUAUUGUCGAUAAAUAAACAUUGUUAUGCCUUUUAUUUAGUUCAAAGUCAGAAAACAAAACACCUUUUUUAAACAACAUAGUCUAAAUUGUGAGUGCUGUAACACCGAGCGCUACAAGAUACACACGAUACUUAUUGUUUGUAAUUUCUUGUACUUAUUGCAAUCACAAGUUUUGCUUGUAGUUUUUAAUGAACACCGUGACUAUAAUCGAAGUUUGAUAACGUUUUAAAGCAUAUACUGAGCGUAAAAAUUUAAUAGCUGUAGCACUAUUGUUUUUAUAUCGAUUUAAUAUCAUCGAUAAGGUCACGGAUGGAGGCAAAAUUAAAGGAAUAUCGCGCACUUCGACGUCGCAAAGAGCUCAUUGAAAACGCGAAGAACAAGAUUGAGCAAUCCAAAAAUAAAUUUGUGGAUUUCAUCACCCCAAACUUCUUCAAAGAGAUGGAAAAGGCAAAAGAAGAUGAGGUGUUGUUGAUCGAAAAUGAAGAGCCAACAGCUUCAGAGUACCCUCUCCACCAAUUAGAAGGUAGUACAGAUUUAGCAUCAGAAACCAGUGAAGUAGAAGAAACCUUGGCACCAGGAUCACAAGAAUCUUGGCGAUACUUCAUCAUCAAAUGGACCAUUUACACCAUAAUAUGGCUUACACUAUAUGCAUUCUUCCUGAAGAUACAAUUUGGUGCAGUCUUCUUUGUAUUUUCCGUUUUAAUUGGGAUAUAUCUAAAUACUAGAACAGGGCCGAAGAGGAAGGGAGAAGUGUCAGCAUACAGUGUAUUUAAUAAGGACUGUGCCAGCAUUGAUGGCACACUGAAAGCUGAACAGUUAAUGAAAGAAAUGAUGUACGGUUCUGCUGUUCGGUAAACAGUGACUAUUCUAAUUUAUUUAUUUUGUAUAUAAUAUAAUACUUAUUAUACAGGUCAACAAUAAAGAGAUUGAAAUCA